UGGAAACGCAGUGGAAACAACAGCUAGCCCAGCUGCUAGCCACACCGUACUCACUUCCUCAGCAACUAAUGUCGCAUUAAAGUAACCCAAGAGCGCACCGUACGAAGUGUUGUGGUAAACCGCAUGGCUCUGAGAGAGACAAUGUUUCAUGUCGAGAUGUGGCUGGUCCGCCACAAUCAUCAGGCAAAGGAGCACAGAUAACAUCUCCAACCAGGUAAACCAUGAUCCCCAUCACUGAGUUGCGGUACUUUGUGGACACACAGCCAGCAUACCGCAUCCUGAAGCCAUGGUGGGACGUGUUCACCGACUACAUCUCGAUUGUGAUGCUCAUGAUCUCGGUGUUUGGCGGAACGCUGCAGGUCACACAGGACAAGAUGAUCUGCCUGCCCUGCAAAUGGGUGGUCAAUGAGACCUGCAAAAAGAACUUCAGUUCCAACCUCUCCGCUUCCUUGUUCCUGGAACCCAAAGGGAUCCAGUAUGAUCUGGACCGCCACCAGUAUAACUACGUCGAUGCCGUAUGUUAUGAAAACAGACUGCACUGGUUUGCCAAGUAUUUCCCUUACCUAGUAUUACUCCACACCCUCAUAUUCCUAGCCUGCAGUAACUUUUGGUUCAAGUUUCCUCGGACUAGCUCAAAACUCGAGCACUUUGUGUCCAUCUUGCUGAAAUGCUUCGAUUCUCCGUGGACGACCCGGGCACUUUCAGAGACCGUGGUCGAAGAAAGCGACCCUAAGCCAAUGAAAAUGAAUGGCUCGAUGGACCACAAGGAGUCUGUAAUCAGCGAGGACGUGGAAGCAAGUGUUCCCAUGCUCCAGCGCACAAAGACACGCUUUGAGCAAGGCAUCGUAGACAGAACAGAAACCGGUGUGUUGGACAAGAAGGAGGGCGAGCAGGCCAAAGCUCUGUUCGAAAAAGUCAAAAAGUUCCGCAUCCACGUGGAAGAGGGAGACAUCGUGUACAGACUCUACAUCCGUCAGACUAUUAUCAAAGUCAUCAAGUUUAUUUUGAUAAUCUGUUACACAGGGUAUUAUGUGCAUGAUAUUCAAUUCAGUGUUGACUGUUCUGUAAAUAUAGAGAGUCUGACCGGUUACAGCGUGUACCGCUGUGCUCACCCACUGGCGACACUUUUUAAAAUCCUAGCUUGUUUCUACAUCAGUUUAGUGGUGGUGUAUGGCUUGAUCUGCAUGUACACACUUUGCUGGAUGCUUCGGCGCUCUCUGAAGAAGUACUCCUUUGAGUCGAUUCGGGAGGAGAGCAGCUACAGCGACAUACCUGACGUUAAGAACGACUUUGCAUUCAUGUUGCACAUGAUAGACCAGUAUGAUCCUUUGUAUUCCAAGCGCUUCGCGGUGUUCCUCUCGGAGGUCAGCGAAAACAAGCUGAGACAGCUCAACCUCAACAACGAGUGGACGUUGGACAAACUGAGGCAGAGGAUAACUAAGAACUCUCAGGAGAAACUGGAACUGCACCUUUUCAUGCUGAGUGGCAUUCCAGACACAGUUUUUGAUCUGAUGGAGCUGGAGGUCCUUAAAUUGGAAUUAAUCCCAGAUGUUACCAUUCCCCCGAUCAUCGCGCAGCUGGUCAACCUGCGCGAGAUGUGGCUUUAUCACACUCCGGCCAAAAUUGAAGCCCCGGCACUGGCAUUUCUACGUGAGAACCUGAAGUCUUUGCACAUCAAGUUCACCGACAUCAAGGAAAUUCCUUUGUGGAUCUACAGUUUGAAGAACCUAAGCGAGCUUCAUCUGACGGGGAACCUCAGCGCCGAGAACAACCGUUACAUCGUCAUCGAUGGGCUCCGAGAGCUCAAGAGGCUCAAAGUUCUUCGCCUUAAGAGCAAUCUCACCAAGCUACCUCAAGUGGUCACCGAUGUGGGCUUGCACCUCCAGAAGCUUUCCAUUAAUAAUGAAGGCACCAAGCUGAUGGUGCUCAACAGCCUGAAGAAGAUGGUCAACCUGACAGAGCUGGAGCUUAUCCGCUGCGAUCUGGAGCGCAUCCCACAUUCGAUCUUCAGCCUGCACAACCUGCAGGAGAUCGAUCUGAAGGACAACAACCUGAAGACUAUUGAGGAGAUCAUCAGCUUCCAGCACCUUCAUCGGCUGGUCUGCCUUAAGCUCUGGUACAACCAGAUUGCCUACAUUCCCAUUCAAAUCGGCACCCUGACCAACCUGGAGAAGCUGUACCUGAACAGGAACAAGAUUGAAAAGAUCCCCGGCCAGCUUUUUUAUUGCCGCAAACUGCGCUUCUUGGACCUGAGCCAUAACAACCUAACUUAUAUCCCUACAGACAUCGGCUCCCUCCAGAAUCUUCAGUACCUGGCAGUGACAGCCAACAGGAUCGAGAGCCUGCCCAAUGAGCUGUUUCAGUGCAAGAAGCUUCGCACUUUGAACUUGGGCAACAACUGCCUGCAGUCUCUGCCGUCUCGGUUCGGAGAGCUGACGGCGCUCACGCAACUGGAGCUGAGGGGAAACCGUCUAGAGUGUCUGCCCGUGGAGCUAGGAGAGUGCCGACAGCUAAAGAGGACUGGGCUGGUGGUGGAGGAGGACCUGUUCAACACGCUGCCGACCGAGGUGAAGGAGCAGCUUUGGAAAACUGACAAAGAACAAGCUUGAAUCGGUGCACGUGUUUCACAGCAGAGACUGACCUUCUGGGCCUGCGAGCUGGAGAGGAACACCUUCAGUGUUCCCACGGGCUCACAGAAGCAGGCAGGGGUCCGACAGCGGCAGUCUACUGCCAGUAAGGUUGGGUAUCGAGAACCAGAACUCUGAUUCUGGCUCUUUCUGGUUGCUCCCUUUUGUCUGUUUGAUUUUGUUUUGGCAACUACACUCAUGCCAACUUUCUCAGGCCUUUCCAGUCUAACCCAGAAACAAUGCUUGUCAGCAAUAAUGUAGCAGUGCCAUUGUAAUCUGAACCAUUUGUUUACAUUUUACGCUUCUCAGUUAAGGUGGAGAAGUCAGAGCAUGCAAGACUCUGGGCCAACAUUACUAAUAACAGAAGUAUUGUUCAGUACUUAACACAGCAUGCAAAGCAAUAAUCCUGAAAUCGAGAAAGCUAUAGUAGGACAGACUUUUUUUCUUUUUUUUUUUUUUUUUGCUUGGAUGGAAACAUGAAGCACAUGCUCAUUCAUAACGAUUGAAAAAAUUCUUCAUGGAUUGAAUUUCAUUGUGAAAAUUUAAAGCGUUUGUGUCAUUUUGACAAAUUGCAUUACAGAGGGUAGAUGUUUUACACAUUUUUGCAUUCCCCUUGGUCACAGGCAAACCUGCUGUAAGUCUGGAUGGUCAUUGUGACGGCUUCAACUGUUCUUGUGUUCCACAUCCAUACUGCUGUUGUUUGAUGUGCUUGGUUUGACACUCAUCCCAAAUUCAUUGAAAAAGAGAUUCUGGAGACUGUUGUCAAUGUUAGAUUCAGAUUGGUGAACAUGUCGUGAGCCUGUAUCUGCGCGGAAAAUUUAUGUUGGACCUUUCACUUGAUAGAGUAGUAAUUACUCCACUGAAUGUUGCUGAUUGAACCAGCAAGUUUUUCGAAACAAAGCCUCUUCUUGGAAUACCCAACCUUUACUGCUAGUAUACUUUUCAGUGGGAGUAGAGUGAAAUCUAUGUCAUGGCCAUGCUGCAUUUAUAUUAAUUUUUUUUUGCAACGAAUUGCACAAUACCAAAAUGAACAAAUCUGGUGGGAAAAAUGUUGUGAAUGCGAUGAGUCAUGCAUGUGGAUUAUAUGUCUGAGACUAAUGCAAGCUUACCUAAAACACUACCAUGGGUUUUUGUUUCUACCUUUGCUGUGGUGGUUUUUUUUGUUUUUUUUUGUGCUUGCUCGCCUGAAUCAAUGAGCAUUGAUUCCUGAGCAUUAGCAUCCACAAAUAGCUGAAUUUGAAAAUAUAUACAUUUUCUUUCGUUAAAAAAUUCCAAUGGGUGUUCAAUUGGAUGCUUUUAUCUUAGUAACAAUGAUCGUGGGUUGCUUGGAACUUCCUGAGCUGUAGCAGUUUUGUUUUUUGGCGGUUUGUUUUCCAUUGUGAAGCAUUAAAUCAAAAUUGCGUUGGUACACCCAGUCUAAAGAUAGAAAUAUCAGUAUCCUAAAAGUAAAGAAAUAAAUACAGUAAAAGCGGAUUGUGUGUGUGCAUAAUCUACAGUCCAUUCAGCAAUUUGACCCCUGUGAGAGCAAAGCUGUUUUUCAAUCUUUAGGUGCAGGCCUGAACACUCGUGAAUUUCCUGCCACAGGGUGUGUAAGAGUAACCAGAUGUGUAAUUCCCCAGCCUAACAGACUGGGGGCGGUUGGUCAGGAAGUCCAGUGUCCAGCUGCAGAGGGUGGAGUUCAGGCCGAGGUUGUGCAGAGUGGUGACCAAGGUGCAGGGGAUGGCUGUUAAAGGCUGAGUGGAAGUCCAGGAGGAGCAGUGUGGCGCAGGUGUCGGAUUACACCGGAUGCUCCAAGGUGGCGUGUAGGCGGGUGCCGUUAUCAUCCUCACCUGACCUGUUGGCUCGGUAGGCGAACUGGCUCUUCUUCCAGAGUGGCGGGGAUGGUGCGUUAACCUUUUAAAGCAUUUCGCAAUCACUGGCAAGAGAGCGAUCGGGCUGUAGUUACCACUUAUUUAAACCACAAUAACAGCAUUUCAAUCCAUAACACCCCAAACUCCCAUGGUGCAUUGUGGCACAACAGUUCGGUCAUGGUGACGGACUCUGAAAACACUACAGUAUCCUCUGGCUGAAUGCGCGGUGGCUACACCGAAUGGCGAUUCUCAGGCGAUCGUGUUGACUGUGUGGUCUGCGCGCUUCAGCAGUAAAAAAAAAAAAAAAAAAAAAAUGUAAAAACUCAUAAAGACCGUGCGCACCGAGCCACUGCGUGUGCGUGCGUCACCACUUUUCCAUUGAACACCCAUCAUUCAAAGUAUUGGAAGUGAUACAUAUUAGACUCUUUUUAGAACGUAACAUGCAAUUUUAAUUUAUAUUAUUUAAAUUAUAUUUAAUAUAUAUUUAGGGUUAAAACAUUUUUAAAAUCCGACACAAUUGAAAUCAGUCAAGAUACAUUCCAUUUAUUUUGAAAUACCUUUUAUUGAUUUGUCUGAACAGUAGGAAGGUGUGUGUGUGGCGGGUUACCUUUUUCUUUUCUCCUCUCAUUGUUGUAUAUUUUGUUUGUUACAGACUGCGAGGAUCAGGAGUUUUUUUAUCUCAAGUUUUGCGUCAGUGUUUGGUUUUGAGCAUAUAGAGAAAGCAUUUGGUCUCUGAUAAUUAUGAAAACACCUUUUUGGGUUUGCAUUGCUUUUACAUUCUCUCUUAUCUCACAGGUUGGCAACAUAUAGUGAAUGCAAUUCAGAAAGGAUCUUUCAAAAUGUCUUGAAACUUUUGUAGGAGUCCAGAACUUUAUGGUUCAAACUUUUGUUUGUGCUAAUUAAUCCUUUAGUGAUUGUGGAAUCAAAUUAAUCUUGAUUUAUUGUCCUCGAAUGAGAAAGUUUCAGGUGUAGGACCUCAUCCAGCAGCUUCAGUGCCAAAACCGGAGCAAGUGUCGAGGGAGUGGGGUGUUCUGCAAACCUCAAGCGACUUUUGCAGCACACAUGAAAACGAGGUUUGAGCUGUUAUUUUGUCUGGAGGUUGUGUGACAUGCUUGUGACAUAUUAUCAGCAGCAGUUCUACAUCACAAUUGUGUCUCAGUUGUGUAUUUUAUCACAUUAUUUUGUUUCCAUGACCCAUCAGAACCCAGUGCGAUGGAGUGGGAAAUUCCUCCAGGGAGUGAGCCUCGUCAUCUGAAUUAUCCAGUAAAACUUGCUCCAGUCUUUUAGCAGCUGGCUUUGGAUUUAAAUUAUUCACAACACAAACUCAUCUUGGGGAUGAAAGUGCAGGGUUUUUUUUUUUUUUUUUUCAUCAGUGUUUGUGUGCAUGUGUUUGUUUUAGUACCAGAUGCACCUCUAGCGAAAAAGCCUGUCCCUGCCAGGAAAAUUAAAAAAGGAUGAAACUCUAAAGUGAUUUUUUUUAAAACAUCAAAAAGCCCAAAUUACAAAGUAAUGUCUUUGGAUUUUGCCUCGCUGGGUUGGAUAAGUUGAGAAGCAGCCUCAAAAGAAACUUGUUUUUACUUUGACAAGCUGCAGAGUUUGGACUAAAAGGGGACCUUUACUGCUCAUUCCUGUUUUCUAUUGGAUACAUUAGAGCACAGCACGGGGCUGCAUGUUUAGGUAACGUCUGAUCACAAAGUUCCCAAAUUAGUUGGGUGUUCAUCUGUGGCUGAAGCCUGUUUGAUUGUACAGUUAGUUAGUUGGUUAACCCCAUUAUACCCCAGAGGAGCAUAGGGCAUCCACAAAAAUAUGCCACUCCCAACGAUUUUGAAGUAAUCCUGCGAUAUUACACAACUCUGACCCAGAUUGACACAGUCCCCUGUUCCGCUGAUUGUUUCCAGCUCAGUUUGGGAUGGCCUUGCUUUCUCUUCCAAGAUUACUGGUCUUGUCACACAGUUCUGGGGUUUCCUGAGCUCUUGCCCGAUCCACCGCCUCUUCCUUCUGCAUAUUUGGUGUGCCAUUCUUACCUGGUUGGUAAUCUCCCCAGAUUUUCAUUACAGAUUACCAGAGUCUGUAAGAUCUUAAGAAUAGAAAGCAGGCGCUGGACCCUGUCUGUGAUGUUUUUUUGUUUCCCUCCAGGUCUCAGCACUGUUGAGUAAGGAGCUUGUGAAGCUGGUGUCAAAUUACAAGUAAUAGCUAUCUCAGACUCUGUUGCAUUGUACUGGUAGGUUCAUUUUUUUAAACUGCACAAACAGGUGUUAUCCCCCUACAAAUAGCCUUCCGGUGGUAUUUAAAGGUUUUGGGAAGAUAUUAAAGAUAUCUUUAUGUUUGACCUGUUGUUACCUGGCAAACAGUACAUUCCCAUUUGUGCUCUCAGCUUUAAAUUCCAAGUUGAUGCUGGAGUUCCAAGUUUGAACUUGGACAAAUUCGAGGGCUCCAAGUUGACAUUUUAGUAUUGCUGUAUGCAUGCAGCAUAAUGUUUGACUCUUUUUUUUUUUUUUUUUUUGCUGUUUUAAUACAAGAGACUUCCUGGAAGCUGCCGAAUCACAAAGAGGAUUUUUAGGAGGUGUGCCUUGAACAGAGUCUUUCAAACUGAGGACUGCAUUCAUAGCCAGUACAGGCGCAUCUUUAACUUCAGCUCAUAGGAACCAACUGUGAUGGAUUUCUGAUGAAAAACAUGUCCCCUUUAAUGUCUCAUAAUAAUAACUUUAUUGCAUUUUUUUUUGUCACCUUUUUUCCUCUGCUUUAGAUAAGUUUUGCCUGAGACAGACUUCUUAGAUUUGUUUUUGCCAUAGCAAGCAUAAACUAAGGCUGCUAAAAAUGUGGAAUUCAAGAUCAAUGCACAGCUCUGACACAGCACAAUACACACAAUAGGGGUUCUUGUUUUAACCCAGAGAAGAAUAGCGAAGGGGGGAAAAAAUAAAAGUUUGUUUUAAUAAAGCUAAAGUGUUUGUGAACUCAGAUAACAGCAAAAUCCAGGAGAGUAACUCAGCUAAAAAGCAAAGAAAUGGGUGAAACUAUGACCAUGUACAUCUGUUUCAUGUUGAACUAUGCUAUAUUGUGCAAUAUUGCCUUUGCUUCAGACUGGAUAAAGGUUUUCCACUUGCGCAGAGGCAUUUCAUUCACAUUGGUUUCACUCCAGACAUACUUGCACUACACAUCCUCCUUUACGAGUCACUGAGGCCCAGUUUACGUGACAUUUUCAAGUGAAAAUGGAAAACUUUCUUUGCAUUUUGAGCAUCCAUUUACAUGACAGCGGUGCUUUCAGAGCCACUGGAAACAGGACUUUUUGAAAGAUGCCCCAACUCCAAAUCCAUGAAACCGGGGGGACAGAGUCGAAAGUCUGACAUUCAAACAAAAAUCCCUUGCUUGUCCUCUCUCACACUAUUAAGACUCCGCCAUGUAUACAAUUUUACGUUUUCCAAUACAGGAGGUUCCGAGUGGUCGACUGCCAGCCAUGAGAUUAAGAUGUCAACUGAUGUUUUCAUUCAGACUGAUCUUUUUUUUCUCAAAACAGAACAUUUGAAAUGACAGCAAUACGACCUCUGAUAGACAAUCAAUCGACUCCUUUAAUUAAGAUAAAAUGUAAAGUGUUGCAGUGAGUACUGUACGUAGCUUGCUAGUGAGUAGAUGAAGUUUUUAAUCUCAUGUUUUCUGUGUUUUCCCUCUUUUCUAGCCUUAGAUUUGUUCAGUUGUUUCCAUUUUUGACAGCUGUUAUUAGAAUUGUUAUAGGAAAACUAAAUUUCUCAGGAAACCAGCUAGUACUCACUUUUCUUUUGAGUUGAUUGCCUAUUUUUUAUUACACCUGGUGUUUGUAUUAAUUUAAACAGUUGUGAUAACAUUUUUAUAUGCGUUUGUACGGUGGGGUUUUUUUUUGUCAUGUAUUUAACAUAUGACUGCUGGUUUGAAAUGAAAAGCUAUAAGCCGCUCAGUUCAACCUAAUGUUCUUUUUUUUUUUUCUUUUUGUUCGUUUGUUUUGGGCGGUUGGCCAUGUGUUAACUGAGCUGUCAUGUUAGGAUCAUGUCUUCAUCGAGAGUCGCAUGUGCAAAGUGUUUGAGUAUGUGUGUUUGCACAGUGGGACUUUCACAUCACACUCAUUUCUGUUUUUAUUCCAAGUCUUCGUUUUGGGUACAAAGUCAUUGUCCACAAUGUUGUUCUGUGCAGCGUUUUGUUUUUGCCAAAAAGAAAAGCAUCAAUGCAAAAGUGGAUAUUCUGUUUGAACAUGUCUCAUCCUGUCUUGUACACAUUCAUUAGGUUAAAAUGAAAUAAACUUGGAUGGUCA